AUGACAACUUCCAGCUCUACUACCUCCCCUACAUCGUCCUCAUCAUCUGAUUUGCCCACUGCCUCGCCUCUCCCCAAUUUCGGUAAUAUUCAUCAUUUUCUUUCUUUAAAGCUAACUCCAACAAACUACUUGCUAUGGAAAACACAGUUUCUUCCUUUGUUAAGGAGUUUCGAUCUCCUCGGAUUAGUGGAAGGCACAGAUCGUUGUCCUUCCCCUUCCAUUGUUACUAGUGAAUCUGGUCUGUCAUCUUUAACUCCAGCAUACACUGCUUGGGUUCGCAAAGACCAACUCCUUCUCAGUUGGAUCAUCGCUUCACUCUCGGAAGAAGUUCUCCCACAAGUUGUUGGUCUUGCAACAUCUCAUGAAGUAUGGCAGGCUUUACACCAAGCUUUUGGCUCUCCGUCACACACUAGAAUUCUUCAACUACACACUCAAUUGCAAAAUCUACAAAAAGGAGAUAGUUCUGUCUCCUCCUACUUGAGCAAAGCAAAAUAUCUUGCUGAUGAACUUGCUGCUGCUGGUCAACCCAUGCCUCUUGCUACCUUUAAUGCUAUUGUCUUUAAUACCUUGGCUGCUGAAUACGGUGAGAUGAUUUCAGCCUUGUCUGCCAGGACGGAACCAGUCUCUUAUCCUGAACUUUGUAGUUUGCUCGUUGGCCAUGAAAUUCGACUCUCAGCACAAUCUGUUGCAGUUCCCUCAAUUGUUCCUGCAGCGAAUGUUGCUCAUGCUCAACAUGCUCUACCGAACAUUACUAAUGACAAUCGCUUUCACCGUGGGCGCGGCCGUGGACGUGGUCGUGUCUCCUCUAACCGUCGUGAUCCUUGCCCAGUUUGUGGCAAAUUCUGCACAAUUUCAGCACUCAUAUGCACCUAUUGA